UAUGUAUAUAUGUGUAUGAUUAUGCAUCUUAGAAGUAAAGUAUAUUGAGCCAUAUAUCAAUAUUAAAUCAAUAAUUUAGUACGUUAUUAAGGAAGAGUUGAAAAAACUAAUCGUGUUCAUUUGGUGUUACUGACUUCUAAAACGUUUUUCAUCAUAGCAUAUGUUGUGUCAAACGCCCUCCUUCAUUAGAAAAUGUCAAGAACAAUAUAAGGAAACUUUAUAUAUUAGACUAAACAAUGUUUAGGUGUAAGUUAGAAUUUUAAUCUCCAAGCCGAUAAAUAUUUUCUUCUGACCGGUAUGACGGUUCCAAUUUGUUCGAUGAACAGUACAGGUGAUAUUUAUCUAUUGAAUCAGAAUUUGAUUAAUGCAGCAAAUACUGCUAUAUAUUUAAAUACUCAAUUAAAUUCAAUAUAUUAUACAACAUUAAACAUGACAGAAUUAAAUAAUUUUCAAUCAAAUCAUUUACCAUUAUUGGAACAUUACAUUAAUAUCCAUGGUACUACACAUAUGUCUUAUUGUUCACGUGUAACAAGUUUUAAAUCGAAUUUUUAUUUACGUAAUAUUUUACAAACUUAUGUACAACCAUUUGUAAUAUUCUUUACAAUUAUAACAAAUUGUUUAAUAUCAAUUGUAUUAAAUUAUCCAACAAUGCGUAAUUCAACUAAUAUUAUAUUAUUAGGUAUAGCUAUAUGUGAUUUAUUAACUGUAUUAUUACCAUUACCUGUAUAUUUAUGCUUUUUAACAAGUAAUAUAUUUUCAGAAAAUUUAACAAUAUUUAAAGGAUAUAGUGUAACUUAUUUAACUACAAUAUUACCAACUGUAUGUCAUACAUCAUCAAUAUGGUUAACUGUAUUAUUAGCAUUACAACGAUUUAUUUAUGUACAAUUUCCAUUAAAAGCAAAUCAAAUUUGUUUAUGUCAAUGGAGAUCAGUUCAAUUAUUAAUUAUUUUAACUGUAUUAGCUGGUUUAUUAUUACAAUUACCGCAUAUGAUUGUAAUGCAUUUUAUUAAUGCAUUAGAAUAUUGUUUUUUAUCAUCGACAUCCUCAUCCUCACCACCACCACCACCACCACCGCCACAACAACAACAACCACCAUCAUCCUCAUCACCACCACCACCACUAUCCUCAUCACCAUCAUCAUUAUCAAUAUCAAAUUAUUUAUUAGAUUCACAAUUUAUUUCAUAUUUAUUUAAUACUACUGAUAAAAUAAAUCAUUAUCAUUAUAUAAGAUUUCAAAAAAUUAAUUUAAUGAAAUGUACACCAAUGAGUCAAACAAUAUUUUUUACAUUAUUAUUAAUACGUGUAUUAAUUGUAAAUUUAAUACCAUGUAUUAUGUUAACUAUAUUAACUGGUUUAUUAAUUAUGGCAUUAAGACGUUUUAUACAAAAUAGACAAAAAUUACUAAAAAUCAAUAAUAAUACUACUACUAAUAAUAAUAAUAAUGAUAAAAAAUCAAUAACAUUUUAUAAAAAUAAUAUCAAUUCAUAUAUAAUCAAUAAAAAAUAUAAUGAAAUCAAUCAAUUAGAAAAAUCUGAUCAAUCAAAUCAAAAUGAAAUCAAUUUAUUGAAUAAUGAAUUAAAAUCAAUAAAAAAUAAUAAAAAUUUAAAAAAAAAAUCAUUACGUCAUAAUUUAACUGAUACUGAUUCUACAUCCAAAAUGAUGCUUGUUAUAUUGGGUAUAUUUUUAUUUACAGAAAUACCAACAACAAUAUGUUUAUGUAUUUAUGCAUUUAUAACAUUAUUAGAUAUUUAUCCACCAUCAGCAUUUUAUCAAAUCUGCGUCUUCAUAUCUACAUCAGAUCCACCGUGUUCAUCAAUGAUGCUGCCCAAAUAUGUAAAUAUUUUUACAUCUUUUAAAUUUUCUCCGUCAAUUGUGAUUGGAUUGGUUCAUGCUGUGUUGUAUCGUGUUUUUUUCUGGUUAAAUAAUAAAUAGAAUGGAACAUUUUUUUAUGAAGUUGAAUGAAAAGCUUUUAAUUAUUCUCUUAAAUUGAAUCAAUUAAAACAGCCGGUCAUUAUUAUUGUAUUGUAAAAACAUCAAAGAAAUAUCUCUUAUAUAAAAUACAAAACUUGUAAAUAUCACAAUAUGUUUUACUGAUAACUUGAUUUGGUGAUAGUAUGCUUGACUUAACAAUGUUUAAAUCUUCGCUUAAAUAUAACAAUCUCUUAAUAAGUUCCAAGAUUGUUAAUGAAAUGAACAAAUUUUGUGAGAGUUCAUCUUAAGAAGAUGUUUCAUUAAUACUGGCUCAUAAGUUACUGUUGAAAAUGAAGCCAUACGAACUAGGAACAGAAUUUAAAACAUUUUAAACCAAAUUAUUUGCAGUUUAAAGCUAAAUAAGUGAAACCAUAGUAAUUUUGUUUCUUUUUUUUUACGAGAAACGCAUGUGUGUAUGAUUAGUUUCUCCCAAAAAAAAAUAUUUUUUGAAAUAAAUGAGCCAGAUAUAGUUUAAGGACACAUACAAUUCACGUUUUAAAUCUCCUGGUUAAUCAUAAUGUGUUCAUAAGAAGAAUAAAUAAAUACUCUAUGAAUACUUUAUAUAAUUGCUAGUUCACUAAUCAACAUUAUCAACCUGUACCAUUAGAGUUACAAAAUAACAAUUGACCUGAAUUGUUUGUUGUGUGACCGUGAGUUAUUGAAGAGCCAUAUAUAAGAAUCAAGUAGAGUAAAAUAGAUGUAUGGUCAAACAAUAGUUAUCUGAUUAUGCUCUUCCCUAACUUUGAAAAAGUUACAUUUAGAGAAGAGACCUACAAAUAAAUAUAUUAAUACAUAUGAUUGUAAAGUACACAAACGGUUGAAUCCUAUGUUUAUACAUAUUAUAAUAAACACAAUGCAAACAGGCUAGAUUAGUUCUCAUUACAAGUUAAAGGCCAUUUGAAGGAAGUGAUAUUGGCUUAAUUAGCGUAGUAAGGUGAUUAAUGUCACUUAAGUAGUUAUCAUCCGGAAACAAAAGCUUUUUACAUGAAAUGAUAGAUUACAUUAAUACAUAAAUUAUAAUUUAAAAAAUCUACUGAUAGAAUGCUUAAAAAACAAGUUGCAUUUGAGUGUAUACAAAGGAAGUACUUAAAAUACAUUAUUCUCUUCAGACUUAAUUAAAUAGACCGGAAAUGAUGAUGGGCUUUGCAACUUGUUAAAUGAUUAUAUGAUGUGAUAAAUAUAGGCUUAUAGGUUCUACUGGCCUUGAAGUGACGUUUUGUGAUAGCUCCUUACAAUUAUACCAGAAACAUUUAUCACACAGUAAUAUAAACAUUAGUACUAGUGCUUAGUUGGUUUUUAUAAACGUAUGAUGUUUGAAAAAAGACACCAUUUCCAUAAAGAGUGACGAGUGAGACAAUUUAUUGAAACACAAUGACUCAUAAUUUUCAAUUAAAUAGCACAUUUAAGUGCGUAUCGAUGGAUUAAAUGAGGCUUAAUACAUUAGGGACAAAUAAAGUUGGAAUCUGAGUUACUAAUGAUCACUACGGAUGAUCAUUACUUUACAUCAGUAAGGGAGAAAUCAGCUAAUUCAAAGAUGCUUCACUAACACAGUAUGGUGUCAUCUCAUCUGCUGUCCUCAAAGAUGAUGAGCUCCAAUAAUUCUAAAGUUUUAUCUACAAUGUUAUCGC